AUGCCAUACACACCUCCGCGCUCGUCUUGCGCCCCGACAUCAGCUCCCUUCGAGCUCUCGCUGUCUACGCACCCCAACAAUCCGCACCACCGAUCCUCGCUUACGCCCGUCGCCUUUCUGCUACGAGCAGCGCUCAUCACACCGCGCAAGCUCGCCAUCGCUCAUCCUGAACGCGGCUACUCGUUCACCUACGAACAGUGGGCUGCACGAUGUCUGUCCCUCGCCUUUGCUCUGCUCUCCGUCCCCGGAUUCAAGACGGGCGAUCGCGUGGCGGUCAUCUCGCCCAACGCACCGCUCAUCGCUGAUGCGCAUUGGGCUAUUCCUGCUGCGGGAGGUGUCAUCACGCCGAUCAACAUUCGAAACACGCCCAAGGAGGUUGCCUAUGUGCUCGAGCAUUCCGGUAGCACCAUCAUCCUCUGCGACCACGAAUUCACCAACCUCGUGCCCCAGAAUCCUGGUCCAGGCGUCACGGUCAUCAUCAGCAAGGAUUCCGGUGGACAGGACUCGAGCGACGAAUACGAAACGUUCCUCGAUCGUGGAUGGCAGGCGUGGCAGAAGGCGGAACAGGCCGAAUUACAAAAGUACAAAUCGCGCACCAAGCCCAGUGCCGAACCCAAGAUUGGAUGGAAGCUGCUGUAUGCGCCUCAAGACGAAGAACAGCCGAUCGCGCUCUGCUACACCUCGGGUACGACCGGUAGACCCAAGGGAGUGCUGACGAGUCAUCGAGGAGCCUACCUGUCUGCCGUAGCCAACGCAUUCGAGGCCAAUAUCACCCAGGACAGCGUCUACCUUUGGGUGCUUCCCAUGUUCCAUGCUUGCGGAUGGACCUACCCAUGGGCAGUCACCGCAUCGCUGGGAACGCACCACACCAUCCGCAAGGUAGACAACGCAGUGAUCUGGGAUGCGCUUCUCAACCACGGCGUAUCGCACUACUGCGGUGCGCCCACCGUGCAGAUCGGACUCGUCAACCACCCGGCAGCCACCAAACUCAACCGUCGAGUCAACGUUGCCGUUGCGGCCUCGGCUCCUACCGCCAACCUGCUUGCGAAGAUGGAAUCGCUCAACCUUCACCCGGUCCACGUGUACGGUCUGACCGAGACGUACGGUCCCUUUACGCGUCGCUACUUUGAACCCGAGUGGGCCAAACUCGACGUCGACGCACGAGCGAGGAUGAUGGCUCGUCAGGGACACUCGUACCUCACCUCGGACGAAGUUCGCGUCGUUCGAACCGAGAGCAGCACCGAUGCGAACACCGACGAUCUGAUCGACGUCGAACGAAACGGCAAAGAGACGGGCGAGAUCGUCAUCAGAGGAAACAUGACCAUGCUCGGAUACUACAACGACACCGCCGCCACGGACAAAGCCGUCAUGAAAGGUUGGUUCCACACCGGAGACCUCGCGGUGCGACAUCCCGGAGGAGAGAUCCAGAUCCUCGAUCGAGGCAAAGACAUCAUCAUCUCGGGCGGUGAAAACAUUUCCUCACUGAUGGUGGAGCAGGAACUCGCGGCUCACAAGGACGUAUUGGAGUGCUGCGUCAUCGCACGCCCGCACGAAAAGUGGGGCGAGAGAGGUCAGGCGUUCGUGGUGCUGACAGAACAGGCAAAGCAAAAGCUGGGCGAUGGUGUCAAGCAGAAAGGGGCAGAGCAGAACAAAACGUUCAUCGACGAGCUGAAGCAUCAUUGCAAGGGGCGCAUGAGCGGGUUUGCGGUGCCAGAGUGGUUCGAUGUGGUGGACGAAUUGCCCAAGACGAGUACGGGCAAGGUGCAAAAGAACGUGCUCAGGGCGAGGUUCGCUUCCAAGUUGUAG